AUGGAUCAGAAGAAGAAAUGCAAGAUUCUUAUAAGUAGAAUCACACCCAAUUCCGAACCACAGGCUACAAUUGAAUCGGGGCAAUAUAACAUCCACUACUUGAUAGAUAAUUCGAUAAUAUACUUGAGUAUUUGCGAGAAGUCGUAUCCUAGAAAAUUAGCAUUUUCGUAUUUAUCAGAGAUCUCGCAUGAGUUCUGGAACUCACAUGGACAGGAGGCAUUGAGCAACAGUGCUAGACCAUUUGGGUUUAGUUCGUUCGACAACUUCUUGAGCAAAACGAAGAAGAUUUACCAAGAUCAAAGAGCGCAAUCCAAUUUGGACAAGUUGAAUAACGACUUAGCGGAUGUCAAGAAAGUCAUGACCAAGAAUAUUGAAGAUUUGUUGUACAGAGGUGAUUCAUUGGAUAAAAUGAGUGAUUUAUCGUCUAGUUUAAGAAAUGAUUCUAUUAAAUAUAGGAAGCAUGCUCAGAAGAUUAAUUUCGAUGCUUUACUCAGACAGUACGCACCAAUAGUUGGAUGUGGAUUGUUCUUUGUCUUCUUGGUUUGGUAUAUGUUUCUUAGAUAG